AUGACCGAAUACAAACAGUGUAGCUAUUCCCACCACAAGGUAAUCAAACAAGCUAAGCGUCAGUAUAGAGACAAAGUAGAGUCGCAAUUCAACGGCUCAGACACAAGAGCCCACUCCCCAGCCCCCCUCAGCCCACUUCUCAGCCCACUCCCUGCCCACUCCCCAGCCCCUUCCUCAGCCCACUCCCCAGUCCCCUCCCACUCCCCAACCCCCUCUCUAGCCCCCUCCCCAGACCCCUCCCCAGCCCACCCCCAGCCCCCUCCUCAGCCCACUCUCCAGCCCCCUCUUCAGCCCACUCCCCAGCCCACUCCCCAGUCCCCUCUUCAGCCCCCUCCUCAGCCCACUCCCCAGUCCCCUCCUCAGCCCACUCCCCAGUCCCCAGUCCUCCGCCCACUCCCCAGUCCCCUCCUCAGCCCACUCCCCAGUCCCCUCUUCAGCCCCCUCCCCAGCCCCCUCUUCAGCCCCCUUCAGCCCACUCCCCAGUCCCCUCUUCAGCCCACUCCCCAGUCCCCUCCUCAGCCCACUCCCCAGUCCCCUCUUCAGCCCCCUCCCCAGCCCCCUCUUCAGCCCCCUCUUCAGCCCACUCUCCAGUCCCCUCUUCAGCCCACUCCCCAGUCCCCUCUUCAGCCCACUCCCCAGUCCCCUCCUCAGCCCACUCUCCAGUCCCCUCUUCAGCCCACUCCCCAGUCCCCUCCUCAGCCCACUCUCCAGUCCCCUCUUCAGCCCACUCCCCAGUCCCCUCCUCAGCCCACUCUCCAGUCCCCUCUUCAGCCCACUCCCCAGUCCCCUCCUCAGCCCCCUUCCCAGCCCCCUCUUCAGCCCACUCCCCAGUCCCCUCCUCAGCCCACUCUCCAGUCCCCUCUUCAGCCCACUCCCCAGCCCCCUCUUCAGCCCACACCCCAGCCCCUCUUCAGCCCACUCCCCAGCCCCCUCUUCAGCCCACUCCCCAGCCCCCUCUUCAGCCCACUCCCCAGCCCCCUCUUCAGCCCACUCCCCAGCCCCUCCCUCAGCCCACUCCUCAGACCCCUCCUCAGCCCACUCCCCAGCUCCCUCUUCAGCCCACUCCCCAGCCCCCUCUUCAGCCCACUCCCCAGCCCCUCUUUAGCCCACUCCCCAGCCCACUCCCCAGCCCCCUCUUCAGCCCACUCCCCAGUCCCCUCCUCAGCCCACUCCUCAGCCCCCUCCUCAGCCCCCUCCUCAGCCCACUCCCCAGUCCCCUCCUCAGCCCCCUCCUCAGCCCACUCCCCAGCCCCCUCCUCAGCCCACUCCCCAGUCCCCUCCUCAGCCCCCUCCUCAGCCCACUCUCCAGUCCCCUCUUCAGCCCACUCCCCAGUCCCCUCCUCAGCCCCCUUCCCAGCCCCCUCUUCAGCCCACUCCCCAGCCCCUCUUCAGCCCACUCCCCAGCCCCCUCUUCAGCCCACUCCCCAGUCCCCUCCCCAGCCCACUCCCCAGCCCCCUCUUCAGCCCACUCCCCAGCCUCCGUAA